GAUUCAUUACAUUAUACAAGGUAUAUUAUUAAUCAAUACUAACAAAGAUUUUUUUAUAGCUUAAUGCUUUUUCUGGACCUAAAGUUGUCUUGGAAAUGAAAAAAACAAAGCAAGAUUUAAAUAAGAAUUUGUUACAAUUAAAAAAUUAUCAAGAUCAGAUAGAAGAUUUGAAGGUAAACCAUGCCCAAGAAAUAUCUAAUUUAACUGAAAAAGUUUCCAGAAUGCAUAAUGAUGAAUUAUGUGAUUUAAAAAUGAAACAUAAUUGUGAAUUAGAAGAAGCAAAAUGUCAUCAUGAAAAGAAGGUACUUGAAAUGAAAGAACUCUAUGAGAAAACAAUCUACAAAAAUGAAGAACAAUAUCUUAAAAUAAUGGAAGAGUUGAAAGAUGAAUAUGUUAAACAAAAACAAGAAUUAGAACAGAUGCAUAAUAAACAGUUAUCAAACUCAAUAGCUCAGCAUGAAAAAACACAAAGUCAAUUGAUUAGUCAGUUAAAUAAUCUCCAGCAGCAGUAUGAAGAACUCCAAGAACAAGCUAAAGAAAUUGAAGAAACGUUGAAAAAGAGUUCUGAUGCAAAGAUGCAGUGGUUAGUUUCAAAAAAGAAUGAUUUAGAAAAAGAAGUUGAGAGUUUAAAAACUGUUAUGGAAAUGAAACAAACAGAAAUACGCAGUUUAAGAAAAGAAAAUUUAGAAAUGAAAAAAGAAUUGGAAGAAUUACCUAUUGCACGAGAUAAAAUACAGAAAUUACGAGCAAGAAAAGAAGAACUUGAAGCUCUAAUAGAAGAACGAUCUCGUGCUCAAAGUGUUCUUUCAACGGAACAUGAGCAAUUAAAAGAGCAUUUUGAAAAAGAAUCUGAUAUAAACAAGAAACUAGCAAUGGAAAAAGAGGAAUUGCAAUGGAAAUUGCAACAAUCCAUGGAAACUUCAAGCUUUUUAGCUUCCCUAUCUGAAUCAUCUCCAGUGGUUGAGAAUAACUCACUUCCUCCAAGACUGUCAUCUAGCUUUCAUGCAUAUUAUAGUAAUGCAUCUGAAAAAUUAAAUUCUCAUCAUUCAUUAUCAUCUUCAUCAUACAAAUCUUAUAGAAGAUCAUCAUCUCUUUCUGAAACUACGCUACCAAGUUGCAAAAAGUUGAAGCAAAUUUGGGACAAUUCUCCCUUGUCUAGUGAAAAUGUAAGAAAAAUGGGAAUGAGGAGUCAUUCCUUUUUAAAAGCACAUUCUUCUCAAACUUCCAAACAUCCAAAACAUCGUAGUUUUACACUUCACUCAGGCAGAAGCUUUGCAGAUCAUAUUAAGUCAUUGGACAAUAAUGAAGAAAGAAAAUUCUCAAAAGAGAUUUUCAAAGGUGAAAACUCAGAAAAGAAACAAGAUUUUGAUGAAAUAAAUAAUAAAAAAGAUGGUGCAAUUUCUCAAAGUUUACCUUGUGAUAUAUCUGAUGAAAAUGGAUCACAUUUUGGAAAAUCAUUAAAGUGGAGGUUCAAACUGCCAAAAACAGAAGAAACAUUGCCAAUCAAAAAACUAUUUGAAAAUUCAAUUAAAAAUAAUCAUAAAAAGCCAGAAUAUGAUGAGAACCGUUCAUUGGAACAAACGGAAAAAAAUGAAAAAGAACCAGCCCAAGACUUUGUUGUUGUUUUAGAAGCUUCUGGUAGUGUUGCAGCUUAUAAGACAAAUUUAGAACAAGAUGAUACUGUAGAAGAAUCAUCAAAAUUUUCUGAUAGUAUUGAAGGUAGUUUUAUUUCACCUCAGGAUGGUUUUGAUAACUCUAUUAAUUUAUCUUGUUCCUUACAAAGUAGUGUAAUAUCAGAUGAUAGUGCAUGGUCAAGCACAUCAUUCCCACCACAGCCACAUACUGACAGGGGUAACCAGGAUUUUUCUAUUUCCCCUUCAUCAGAAGAUGAUUCCUUCUCUUCAGAGAGUCCAAAACAAGAUCAAAUUGAAUCACUUGGCAUAAAUGUUGAGCAAGAAGAAAGUUCAAGUUCAGGAGAACAGUCUCAGUGUGUCAGAGAAAAUUGCAAGUUUCGUUCUGUAUCUCCUAAAAGUCUUGCAGGUGAAGCUAUGGUGCAAGAUGACAGUCCGAUAUCUAUAUCUCAAAUGAGUGAAGAAUUUUCUAUUUCCAUGUCUUGUAAAAAACAUAAAAGAAUUGAAAAACUAGAGAUAACUGAAGAAAGUGCAAGCAAAGAUUCGUGGGAAGUUUCAUGUUGCAUCAAUAAAGAAAAAGUUCUAUCCUCUAAUAAUGCAGAAACACCAUCUAUGGAAACAACUAGUCAAGGAUUGUUAAUGUCAAAUUCCAAUAUUGAUGAUAUCAGUUGGGAUUCUGAGGAUAUGCCAUCAGAAUCUGAAAUAUGAUGAAUUGAAAUAAUUAAAUUAUAAUUAACUCAAUGUGAUGAAUAUCAAAAUACUAACUCUAUUUGAAAAUUAAAAGAAGUCUUAAAACAAUUCAUAAAAUGUAAUUUGAAUUAUUAGCAUAAACAGCCUCUAUAGUUUUGUUUACAUUACAAAAAUCUAGUCUUCAAAUCAAGAUAAUUAAAGUCUACAUUUCUAAUAAUGCUUUUUUAGGGGACCAUUGAUUUCAAAUUACAGGAAUAUAUCUACUUAGGUAUUUGUUGAUAAAAAAAACCAAUUUCCAUAGGAAAAUAAACAUCAGUCAACACAUAGAGUAAAAUUUUCAAGUGGAAAUAUAUUGCUUAGUCAUAUAAUUAUUUAUAAGCAUUUUAUGCUUUUAUGAUAUACGUAAAACCAACAGUUUCAGUUUCAAAAGAUUUUGUCCUUGCUGUUUAAACUUUUCAUACGUAAUAGCUGCUUAGCAGAAACUGUUCAAAUUAUUCAGCACAGCUGAUUUACGAUAAAUUUAAAUAUUUGCAAAUUCUAAUAUAUUAAAGAGAAAAAUAUAUAUAUAUUGUAUUUAUAUCACUUUAAUAUGUAAAUAUUUCUC